CCACGUGAAAGAAACCCCCCGACCGCCAUUUAACGCCCUCCCCGGAUCGAUCAAAUCUCCCCUCCUCCUCCUCCUCCGCUCGACCUCCCCAAAGGCCAAUAUCCUAUCUACAUACGCGCACACACGCACACAUAUAUAUAAAUAUAUUCGGGUCUUACCCGAUAAAAUAAAACCAACCCAUUCGGGCAUAAAGUAAUUGAAUCAGACACACGUGAUGGAGAGACAUUCGGGAGGGAGAGGGAGAGGACGUUCUCCGUCCGAGCCGCGGUACCGCGGGGUGCGGCGGAGACCGUGGGGAAAGUUCGCGGCCGAGGUACCUGACCCUUCGAGAAAUGGGGCCCGCCGCUGGCUCGGGACCUUCGACACGGCCGAAGAAGCGGCACGGGCGUACGACCGUGCUGCAUUUGCCAUCCGGGGACGUCACGCAAUCCUCAAUUUCCCGAACGAGCACCAGUACCUCGGCGAGCAAGGUUCGUCGCCUGCUCUCGCUGGCGGCGCCAAUGCUUCUGCGUCUUCUUCGUCGGUGUCCUCCUCCUCUGCCCACUUCUCGGGCACUUCGGGUGGCAUCGAGGCUGGCAGUAGAUCAUCAGGCAAUGAGGGUUCGUCAUUAACUAGGGAAGUUAUCGAGCUCGAGUAUCUUGACGAUAGCUUGCUAGAAGAAAUGCUCAAAGAGGAGGACGACCGCAGGAAGUGA